UUUCAUUGCAUGAAUUGAGCGAACGGCAGAGGGAUCUGAUUCGUGAAAGAGUAACUGCUACAGAAGAGACGUCGAGACCAUGUCGACGGUGACUUUCGAGAAUGUGUUCCAUGGGGAUUCGUCGCAAGUAGGAAAGCUUCGAUUCAACGCUGCUGGAUUUGGAUGGAAGUCGUAUGAGAAUGAGGAAAACCAACCUACAACGUUCAGCGGGAGUGAUUUGAGGUCGGCCGCUUGGCUAAGAGUCGCAAGGAACUUCCAGCUUAGAUUGACGAUGAGACAAGCGGAUCGAGCGAAAGUAACCUUCGAUGGGUUCAAGCGAGAGGACUUUGAUAAAGUCAAGAGAACACUGGAUGACUACUUUCACAUCAAGGUCGAGUCCAGGGAUCCUGCUUUGAGAGGAUGGAAUUGGGGACGUGCGACAAUAGACGAUGGCGAGCUCUCAUUUCAGGUUCAGAACAAGACUGCGUUCGAACUGCCGCUCGCCUCCGUUACCAAUUCAAACAUUGCCGGCAAGAAUGAAGUUGCCUUGGAAUUCACUCCUCCUUCCUUUGACAUCAAACCUGGCUCAUCGACUCGACAACCGGACGAGCUGGUAGAGAUGCGAUUCUACAUCCCUGGAAAAAGCAUGAAAAAGAAUGGAGGCGGAAGUGAUGCAGGCAGUGAUGCAGACGCAGAAGGAGAAGAGACGGAUCGCGAUGAGGAUGGCAAUGAGAUCAGCGCCGCUGAAGCCAUGCACAAUCUUAUCAAGGACAAGGCGGAUAUCGGAGCAGUGGUCGGAGACAGUAUAGUGGUAUUUGACGAGGUGUUGAUCCUCACACCAAGAGGUCGAUACUCUCUGGAAUUCUUCCAGGACUCUCUCCGUUUGCUUGGCAAAUCUACCGAUUACAGAAUACCAUUCACCUCCCUCUAUCGCAUGUUCCUGAUCCCCAAGCUGGACGACAUCCAUGUCCAGCUCGUCAUCGGACUCGACCCUCCAAUCCGGCAAGGAGCGACUCGAUACCCAUUCUUGGUCGCGCAAUGGCCAAAGGAUGAAGAGGUGGAUGCUGAGCUAAAUCUCUCAGAUGAAGACAUCGCAAAGUAUCCGGACCUUCAACGCAAAUACGAGGCUCCCACUUUCCAGGUCAUCUCACGGGUCCUCAAAUCGUUGUCCGGCAAGAAGGUGACUCCUCCGGGAUCGUUCCGCAAUGCCCAAGGGAUGAACGGGAUCAAGGCAAACGUCAAGGCAGUGCAGGGCGAGCUCUACUUCUUGGAGAAGGGCUUGAUAUUCAUUGCGAAACAACCUAUCCUGAUCGAUUUUGGAAAAACGGAAAGCAUAUCUUUUUCGAGAGUCGGUGGAGGAAUCGCUUCCGCGAAGACCUUCGACAUGCGAGUGGUCUCUCGAACCGACGCUGCGGAUCAUGUCUUCUCCGCCAUCUCGAAGGAGGAAGUCCAGCCAAUCUCAACAUUUCUGCAGUCGAAGAAUCGAGGACAGCGCAGAGGAGGACGAGGACGAUGAGAUGAGUAUCCAGAGUGAAGACAACCGAGGGAAAAGUCAGCGCGGGUCCAAACCGUCUAGACGCGCAGCCGAGG